UUAUCAUCACAAUCAACAACAACAACCUCGUCAUCUUCAUUGAUUUCAUCCGUGAAUCCAUCUUACAUUGAGUUUCGUGAUAGAUCUCGUUUCUGGAUACAGCGGAUUCUUGUUCCAUUGGUUAUGAUCAUCGGUGUGAUUGGAAAUUCAAUGACAAUAGUUAUCAUGACUUGAGAAGACAUGAGAAGCUCAACAAAUUGUUAUCUCGCUGCCUUAGCAUCAACCGACGUGAUGUAUCAUAUUUUUCUUAAACAUUAUCCUGAUGCAGAUCAUUCAAACUUUUAUUACUAUUGGGUUUUCUACCCAUUCAGUUUAAUGAUUGUUGAUGGUUGUUCCAACAUAUCAAUCUGGUUAACGGUGACAUUUACCUUUGAAAGGUUCAUCGUUGUUACUCAUCCGAUUCGUGGUAAAUUUGAGUUAGUGGAUAAUUCAACACGAAUCGAUGUUCUUUAUUCCGAUUUUGGUAAAAAUAAAAUGUACAAAACAGUUUAUUAUUGGACAACGUCAGUGCUGUUCACUUUCUUUCCAUUAACAUUAUUGACCUUUUUCAAUGCUUUUCUCAUCAGAUCAGUUCAACUAUCACGAAGAGCGCGCGCUGAUAUGACCCAGUCAAAGAUCACAACUGCCUAUUCAACAGUCGCCAAAACUGAUCCUGAUCCAAGUCCAAGGUUAGGUCGUAAUGGUGUUACAUCAACAGGCGGUGGUGGUGGGACAUCAGGGAGCAAGAUUGACCAUUCAACUGAGACUAAAAUAACGAUAAUGUUAAUCUCAGUUGUGGUGCUUUUUUUGUGUUGCCAAUCCCCAACAGCGAUCAUGUUGAUCUAUUCAUCUGUUCGAGAAUUCAAGAGAAACACCAAUGAAUAUCAUAUGCAUAUCGCUCUGAACAAUAUUUUCAACUUUUUAGUGGCCUUUAACGCCGCAGGAAACUUUGUCCUUUAUUCACUGCUCAGUCAAAAGUAUCGACGCACAUUCGUUCAGCUUUUCUGUCCCUGUAUCAAGGGUCGACUUUCUCGAUUACAAUCUUACCAACAAACACUUUAUCCUUCAAAUGCAACAACAAUUGGGUAUUCAACCUCAUCAGAUAAAAGGUUCAAUGAAUUUCUAUCAGUAUCAAGUGACUCAAACUCUCGAGGAUCAGCAUCACCUCGAGUUGGAUUACCUGGAAGUGGCUUUGAUUUCGGUCGGCCAAACAGUAAUUAUUAAUACAAUCUUGACAACACACCGACAACAACAACUCCGGUUAAUCAUAACAACAAUACAUUGACAGUCAACAACAACUCUUUCAACAGUAUUAACAAUGUAAUAAACGUUAACGAUAUUGAAAUUAAAUCGAUUAAAUUUCAUCAAACUUGAUUGGAUAACAAUUAAAAUUUAAUCUUAAACAUCAGAACAAUUAACGAUUUAAAUUUUAAUACCUUUGUAAACCCUUAAUUGUAACCUUUUUCUUUUCUUCGUAACUAUUACGAUUAGUUAAUUGUUUCUAUGUUUCUUUUUCUUUCUCUUUAAUUGUAAUCAUUUUUCAUUACCAUCUCUCGGCUAUAAAUCCACUUGUGAAUAACUAAGUGACCCCAACGUCCAGUCAAAGGAAGAAAAGGAAACACUGAUUAAUUGUCACGGCCUAAAAUCUAGUUUUCACAAUCACAAUUAACUUAAUUAGUUGAAUUAAGAAAUUUAUUUGUUAAAAGAAAAGUUUCUUUCUAUUUCUAUUUCCUUUUCCCAUUCUUACCUCUUUUUUGUUUCCUAUUUACCUUGAGUUUGAGGUCAUCUUUUCCUUUUCCGUUAUGUUGAUCAUCUCAUAUUAAAUCCGAUUAAUUUUGCUUUUUUAA